AGCGAGGGAACCCUCAGAAGGCCUUUGGCACUGGACCUCAGUGUCCGGGCAGAACAAUGGGGGUGGGGACGCUCCUUCAGGUAUACUGGAAUGAGGCCGUUUAGGGCUUUAAAGGUCAGCACCAACACUUUGAACUGUGCUCGGAAACGUAUUGGGAGCCAAUGCAGGUCUUUCGAGUAUAAGUAUCAUUUCACCCAGUUUUGUUGUUUUACCCCAAACACCCUUUCGUGAAGUAACCACCUUGCUGGAGCAAAGCAGGUCUGGGUGGGAAACUGCCUGGGAACAUCUUGUAAGCCUAGACAGCUCAGUUGGCGAGAGCAUGGUGCUGAUAACACCAAGGUUUCAGGUUCGAUCCCCGUAUGGGACAGCUGCAUCUUCCUGCAUCCCAGGGGGUUGGACUAGAUGAUCCCUUCCAACUCUACAAUUCUAUGAUCUCAAAGCCACCCUGAGUUCCAUCAUGGAAAAGAGGCAGGUUAUUAAUGCAACACACAUCAAUAAUGCUGCCCUGCCUCCCAGGUCUGCUGUGAAUCUCUUGAGAUCAUUGCAGGCGUUUUGAAUACUACGCAUGCAAAGUGUUGUCAUGUGGGGCAGACAGGCAUCCUAAUGGAGAAAGGACGUGACUUCCAAACUGUUCUGAACUCUCUUGUUUCUGAAAUGUAAACACUAAUGUUUUGGGCCGAUGGGACCUUGCCCAAGCUGGGUGAAAAAAAAAAACAGGUUUCCUGGCCUGAUCUACGGAACCUACAGGGCUUCCUGCUGCUCAUUUUAAUCAAUGUGUAUUUGUGCCCUUGGGAGGUAGCCAAGAUCUACAUGUUGAUAUUUGAUCAGAGCAUCGUGGGUGUGGCAGAGCCAGGCCAGAAUGGCUGGCUCCUUGACAUGGCCUCGAUGGAAGAAGCUCCCUCCUCUCUCUCUCUGCCUCUGCUCACCCUCUCUCUCACCCAGUGCUUCUGUUUGUGCUUCCUUUCACCACAUUGGCUUAUGAGUUGCUGCCGAGCGUCCUCAUUACCUGUAGAGUCAGCCCGACAGGAAACCUCAGCUAAACCAGGUCACCCUGUAGCAUGUCCCCGUUUCCCAAUUUCAGUUCUUCAUUUAAAAUAAUUAAAAAAACAACCCCACGCACAAAAUAAAAAACCUGUAGGUGGGGACGGGGCAGAGAAGCAAGGAAGGUGUGACUGUGCAGUAGCUGUCUGAAAGAGAUGCGAGGAGGGGAAUUCGCUCUGACGGGGAGUCGGCUGAGGUAGAUAAGAGAACUGGGAACUACCAACAAUCUUCAGGAUCAUUUCUUUGUGCCUGUUCUCAGCCGCAGAAGAAGCAAGGCAACACAAGCACCCCAGCUGUUCCCGAUCUUGCAGGGUCCUUGCAUUGCAUAGGCAACCAGCCAUGUUCCGGCCUAGCUGAGCUCCAGCCCGGCACUUCAUGGGGAGGCCCACGCCGAGUGCCCUGCUGCUGCUGCAUAUCGCAUUUUUCCUGAGCCUCUUGCAUGCUGCACCCCGAAAUUACCUGCCUCGUGCCCGCCCGCAGCUCCUCACCAACUUCAAAUGCUGGAACGCUAGUGUGUAUGGUGCCCUGCCUCGGCCCAAAUUCCGAUGCCAGCGGAAGCUGCAGGAAGACCUAUCCCUGCGUGUGCCCAGCCUUAGCCUUAGCCCAGUUCAGUUGUUCCGCAAGGGCCAGACCCAGAUGUGUGUGCGUGUUCGCUUGGCUUUGAACGCUACAGGCAUUAAAGGACUGGAGCUGCAUUUCCUGCUUUUAGGUUCUAAUCGCUCUGGCUGGCUUCAGAUCUUCAGAGGAGCAGGCGCUGGAACCUUGUGGCAGGUGCUAUUUGACUGUUUCCCAGCAGAGAGUGGCCACCGGGUGCUUGUUUCACUGGAAACCAUUCCUGGCGGGAUGCUGAGCAUCAACGAAAGCCUUUUCAUCCCUAACAACCAAUUAGAAGUUCCAGAGUUCCACCACAGAUGGAUGCCAGCAGCACGGGCUAUUGAGGUUUCUGUCACGAAGGGCCCUGACAUCACGGUACGCCUCUGCCACCAGCUGGCUCUGGAGUGUGAGGAACUGCGCCAGCCUUUCCACCAGCAGGUUCCGGUCUCCAAGCAUCACCCUGCUCUGCUGCGGUAUGAGUUCCUGCUCCCAUGCUUAUGUAUCGAGGCAUUGUAUUAUGAGCACCACGACAGCUUGCGCAAAAAAGUGUGCCCUUUCCGGGAUCAGCCAGAGGCCUAUGGUCCAGAUCUGUGGUCCUCGGUGCACAUUCGUGACUACAGCAACAGCGGCAAGGCUGAAAUGGCUAUGUCUCUGAGCGGCAGCUGCCCGCUUCAUCCUACUGCGUCCCUGUGCUGGAAAGAAAGCGCCACUCCGGGUGCGGCCUGUCAAGACAUCCCCAAUUCCACAGUCACAGGAUUACGUCAGGAGUAUAUCUUGGAGGAGGUGGAUGUUCACCCUCAGCUCUGCUUCAAGUUUUCCUACAGACACAGCAGUCACAUUGAGUGCCCGCUCCAGAAAGACCCUGCCUGGAAUGUGUCUAUGAGUGUCAAGCCUUGGCAGCUCCACUUGCAUUUUCAUUCUCGCGCACCAGCAUCCUUCAGCUCGGCCUUAUGUCAGAAGCAAUCUCCAGGCCAGUGUGAGCCUGAGCCUCCUGUCUACACCAUCACCCAUCAGGAGGGAUCAAGCCGGGGAGACCUGGAUCUCAUCCUUCCUUGGCGGACCUUGACAAGUUGUGUACUGGUCUGGCGUUCUGAUGUGCGCUUCGCUGGCAAACAGCUUCUGUGCCCAGAUGUGACUCACAGGCACUGGGGGCUGCUGGCCUUUGGAGUGAGUCUAGGACUAGUGUUGCUGCUGGUCGCAGCCGUUCUGCUGAUUCGCUGUGUUCUGCGCAGGCUUCAUAGAGACGUACCGGACAAGCGCCAUUCUCGCCCCAUCCUGCUGAUCUAUUCUCCUGACUCGGAGGAGCACAAGCAGUUGGUGUGCGCUUUUGCGGCGCUGCUACGCUCGGCCCUGGGCUGCCCUGUGCUCUUGGACCUCUGGGAGCUGGGCCAUGUGGGGCGGCUGGGCAUCUUGCCCUGGGUGUAUGCCCAGCGAGAGCAAGUCAGCAAGGAGCAGGGCCAGGUUCUGCUACUGUGGAGCGUCGGCAGCGCCCGCGCCUACGGGCUGUGGCAAGGGAAGGCCGCCAGGUGCGGCGGCGUGAAGGCACCGGAGCCCCACGACCUGUUUGGGGCGGCCAUGGCCUGCUUGAAAGGCGAACUGCAGGGGGCACCUGGGGCUGUGCGAGGAAAGGGCGACUGGGUCAUCGCCUACUUCAGCAAACUGUGCGGCCGGCGCAACAUCCCUCGGGCCUUGCACUUCCUUCCUCGAUACCGCCUGCCUCAGGAACUGCCAGGCCUGGUCAGGGUGCUUCAGGGCCCUUCCAGCUCGGCCCCAAGAUGGCUCCGCGCCAGCGCUAAGGCCCUGGUACGCCGCCUGCUCAAGGCCGAGAGGAGGAAAGCUCCGCAGAGCCAGAGGCAUCAGCCUUGGAGGUCGGCCACGGAGAAAUUUGCGAGCUCCCUGGUCCCUUUUGCUCCUCAUCCCAAACUGCGCAGGCCGAGCUGCGCUUGAGUGGCUGCACUUGAGGAGAGACACGCAUCCCGGUGGCGAACGUGUCAGGUUGUGAAAUGGAGCUCUCCCCCAUUACAAAACCUAGGAAGCCAGGCAUUUGCAGCCUGCUAGGUCUGCGGAUGCGAAAAGGAUGUGUCCUAAGCUAAAGGAGAGGCUGCUCUGCUUGCUAAGGAAGUCCAGGGCCUUUUGAGUCCCAACGCCACGAAAGAGCGGCCAAACUCAGCCAAGUUGGAGGCUUCUCCACCGGCUAGGCCUCGUCUUGCACAGCGGUUAAGGGAACGGUUGCCGUGGAAAUGAUGGUGUGGUGCAAGUUAAUGCCGGUCACGGCACAGAAAAGGUCAGGAGGCCGCUGUGUGGCACUGGCGCCAGAAGAGGGGCUGUGCAAUAUUGGAGUUGUGUCUUGCCAUGUGUAAUUUAUGUGACGCUGCAAUCACCCCAAGAGAGGUGCUCUGGAGGACCGUCGUAUCGGCCCUACUGCAACUGAAUUGGCUAACUGGAAACCUUAAACUGAUCACCGGUGGGUCAUUUCAGGGCUGUAGCCGCAGGACUCACCCUCCCCCCCCCCACCUCUGCAUUUUCUGCUUUCAUUUUAAAAGUGGGUUUCUCUAGCAAUUUAACUUGUGAAUAUAUGAGGGGAAGUGUGGAGGCAGCAUUCUGUAAGCUAUUAAGGAAUAUACAAUUAAGUAACUACAAAUCUAUCAAGCUACCUGUUUUGGUCACCAGUCUGCCUCUCGUCCGAAUAAGUUCAAAGCAAGCAUGUCACUAAGGAUUACGUUGAGGGAACGCUUUUUUGUUUUGCCGUGUGUUUGUCAAAUGUGUUUGGGGGUAUUUUUUUAUAGGAGUCCUUAUGUUCUUGUUUUUUUCUGUUUGGAAUAUGAUAAAAAAAUUACUUUAUGAACACACACGCAUCUUUGAUAUAUAGAUCACUUCUGUGCUUGGGGUGUACGUACAAUACCAUUCAACCUUGAAAAGCCAGAUCAAGACCUGUCCUGUUGCAAUGCACACAUAACUUGAUUACGUAUUACAGAACUUGGGGUGCUUCUAGACGUGAGCUUGUUAAGCUUGCAGAUGUGUCACCGAGGUAUCACAAACAAGUCUUCACAAUGAACAUUAAAUUAGAGCUUUUGAUGGUGAUACCAGCCACGGCCAGGGGGUGGGGCAGGCUGUUAAUACCUGUUUUCAAUUGAUAGUAAAACGUACCGGUAUAUGCUUGCUGUCAGAGUUGUUAUGACUACUCCUGAGUAACGACCUGCCACAUGCUUGUCUUUCAAAAGUCUCUAUUAGUGCACAUUAUUUACAGUGUAGCGAGCUGUUGGUUUCACGUCUCCUCAUUCCGAAUCAGAAUCCGGCACUGCCCCUUUUCGCGAUUUUGACCAACAUAAAAGCCUCGGGACAGUGAAUCUCCUCCCUUUUCUCCUCCUUCUCAAUACCGGUGUCGGGGGGGGAGGGUCUACGCUCUGCCCUGUUCCUGUCCACCCUUCCCGCCUCUCUCUCUCUCUUCCUGCCUGUGGAGCAGGGGCUCUCCAGUGCUACCAGAGCCCUGGCACUCCUUCUCCGUCUCCUGACUCAUCCCUUCAGGCUCCUCGCUUUCCUGACUGCUCGGAGACGGGCUGCUUCUGAUUGGGGGGGGGGUUCUCUGUAAUCCCUACCCCUUACUUUCUCAAUUACUGGCAUUGCCUCUAAGCCCUUGUAGAUGUAGAUUGCAGGUGUAAACAGAAGACACAAUAAGGUGCAUGGUUUCUAUGUGACACACACUUAGCAGUGCUGCCCGUAGAUCAAAAGACCUUUGUUUGCCGCUGGUGACUGAGGGCGUGGUGGCACCUCCUAGCACCAGGCACCAGUCUGUCCUGAUUGCCUCUCUUGAUUUUGGCCAAACAGAAGCGCACAGGUGGGAAAGAAUAACCUUUUAAACCAAGCUCUUUCUCCUCUAGUACAGAGGUUGGGAAAUGGGGGGGCCCUCCAGAUGUUUGCUGAACUACAACUCCCAUCAGCCUCGGGCAGAAUGGGAUGAUGGGAGUUGUAGUCCAAUGGCCUCUGGAGAGCCAGAGGUUUUCCAUCCCUUCUGUAGUAUAAAUGGGAACUGCGGACCCUUGGGCCCAGGGUGUCAGUGGGCCCCUUAAUUUCUUCCUCAAGCCACACUCACCCCUCCUUCUUGGCUUCACUCUUUCAAAGUACAGUGGGACCUUGGUUUACAAUCAUAAUCCGUUCCGGAGGUCCGGUUGUAAACCAAAACAGGUCUUUCGCCAAUGGGGCCUCCCCCCCAAAAAAGGGGGGUGUUGUAAUUCCAAAAAAAGGUACACACACUUCCGGGUUUGACAUGGUUGUAAUCCAAAACGGUUGCAAACCAAGGUAUCACUGCAAAACAGAUCUCAAGUCAUCUUGCAAAAAAGAAAACAAUGUGAAAUGUCGAACUUUCGAAAUGAUGCUUGUCAUUUCCUCAUUAUUCAGUAGAUACUCCACUCCCAUGCAUCUAAAAAUAACCCGUGUCUCUCUGCUGUUCUGUCACUUUACACUUCCUUCUUUGGAGAUAACAUUUUUGUACAGGCAAAGUAUGAAAAUAAAAGUUUGUUUCUUUGUUUAAGAGUAUUUAUACUCCUAUCCUGAUGAACUACCCAGUGAUCUUCAGGUGAAGGGCAGUAUAAAAAAAUAAUAAUGAAGCAAUAAAUAAAUUAUACCCUGCCUACUGACCUCAAGGCAGUUUAGAACAGGCACCCCCAAACUGCGGCCUUCCAGAUGUUUUGGCCUACAACUCUCAUGAUCUCUAGCUAACAGGACUAGUGGUCAGGGGUGAUGGGAAUUGUAGUCCAAAACAUCUGGAGGGCCGAAGUUUGGGGAUGCCUGGUUUAGAACAUAGUAAGUAUGCAUCUUGCACACAAUUAAUUUGUGUUCAUUCAGCUUUAUGUGUGUGGCAAAAAAGAGGGAAAACGACAUUCCCACCCACCAUAGAUAGAUAGAUAGAUAGAUAGAUAGAUAGAUAGAUAGAUAGAUAGAUGAUAGAUAAUUUUAGCUUUAGGUGCGAUCCCUGGAACAUAACCCCCGCAUAAAUUAUGGGUGUGAAAAAGGGAAAAGGUAAAGGACCCCUGGACGGUUAAGUCCAGUCAAAGGUGACUAUGAGGUGUAGCGCUCAUCUUGCAUUUCAGGCCGAGGGAGCCGGCGUUUGUCCACAGACAGCUUUCCGGGUCAUGUGGCCAGCAGGACUAAACCACUUACGGCGCAAUGAUGGAACACUGUGAUGGAAGCCAGAGUGCACGGAAACGCCGUUUCCCUUCCCGCCAUAGCGAUACCCAUUUAUCUACUUGCACUGGUGUGCUUUCAAACUGCUAGGUUGGCAGGAGCUGGGAUAGAGCAAUGGGAGCUCACCCCGUCGUGCGGAUUCGAACCACCAACCUUCCGAUCGGCAAGCCCAAGAGACUCGGUGGUUUAGACCACAGCUUCGCCACCCACAUCCCUUGUAUACGGGUGUACUGCUAUACAUAUAAAACACAAUAAAGUAGAUACAGAAGUCGCCACAGCAGGACAAAGGUAUGUGUGAGAGCCCCCUCUCCUUGUUCUCCAAUGUUCCAACAAAUGCCAUUCUGUGGCUGAAUCUCCUGGAUAUUGAAGCAGCCACAUGUUAGUCCCCCACAGACCAGGACGUCCUCCCUGUGUGGCUGCUGUUGGUGUCUCCCACAGCCCUGGUGGCAGAUACUUGAAAAAACAACAUCCAUUCCAUAACAUAAAAAGACCUAUCUACUGCCACAUCCUGUUCCCAUGGGGGUCAACCGGAUGAUCUUGCAGGAAACUUGCAUGCAGGCACCAAGGGCAACUGUGUUCGUUGCCUGGUGAUUCCCACUGGUGAUAAACAGAGGCAUUUUGCUUCCAAUGGUGGAGCAUAGGCAUUCUGGCUAGUAGCCCCUGAAAGCCUUAUUUCUUUAACAAAACAGGAUCCUAUAUCAUUUCGGACAACAAAUGCAUAUAUAAAAUGUACACACAUAUGAGCCGAAUACUGCACAGGUUCGUAAAGGUAAAGGGACCCCUGACCAUUAGGUCCAGUCGUGACCGACUCUGGGGUUGCGCGCUCAUCUCGCAUUAUUGGCUGAGGGAGCCGGCAUAUAGCUUCCAGGUCAUGUGGCCAGCAUGACAAAGCCGCUUCUGGCAAACCAGAGCAGCACAUGGAAACGCCUGUUUACCUUCCCGCUGUAGCGGUUCCUAUUUAUCUACUUGCAUUUUGACGUGCUUUCGAACUGCUAGGUUGGCAGGAGCUGGGACCAAGCAACGGGAGCUCACCCCGUCACAGGGAUUCGAACCGCCGACCUUCUGAUCAGCAAGCCCUAGGCUCAGUGGUUUAACCACAGCGCCACCUGGGUCCCCGCACAGGUUCCUAAGACAACAAUUUUAUAUCUAGAUAAAAAAAAAUCCUUCCAGUAGCACCUUAGAGACCAACUGUAAGUUUGCUCCUGGUAUGAGCUUUCGUGUGCAUGCACACUUCUUUGGAUAAUCUAGAAUUAUUCAUGCUCCAUGUAAAUGA